CAAAAACCUCCGCGACUCCACGCAUGGGACAAAACAGGAAUCAACCACUUUCCGUUCGUUGGUUCCGAUCCAGAAGUAGCCUCUUUUUGUGUGUGUGUGUUUAUCUGUGAAAGUUUUGGACUAUAUUGCGUGCUUGAAUCCAGCAUGGCUUCUACAUCAAUGCCGCAGAAGCGCUACUACAGACAGCGAGCCCACGCAAACCCGAUGGCGCACCACACCUUUGAUUACCCGGUGUGUCCUGAAGAAAUGGACUGGUCCAAGCUUUAUCCAGAACUCAUACCUGGGCCCUCAUCAGAGACGGAGGCCCCUAAAGUCGAGUUUGCAGACAUUGGCUGUGGAUACGGGGGUCUUCUGGUGGAGUUAUCUCCACUGUUCCCAGAUAAGCUCAUGUUGGGCUUGGAGAUCAGAGUAAAAGUAUCGGAUUACGUGCAGGACCGCAUUCGGUCUCUGCGUGAAAAGAACCCGGGAAGCUACCAGAACAUCGCGUGCCUCCGCAGCAACGCAAUGAAGUACCUCCCCAACUUUUUCUUCAAAGGACAGCUCAGUAAGAUGUUCUUCCUGUUCCCUGACCCUCAUUUCAAGAAGACCAAGCACAAAUGGAGGAUUGUUAGUCCCACGUUGUUAGCAGAAUACGCCUACACACUCAGGAUCGGGGGUUUGGUGUACACCAUAACAGAUGUGGAGGAGGUGCACCUCUGGAUGGUGAAGCACUUCAGCGAACAUCCGCUGUUCGCACGUGUGCCAGAAGAGGAUCUGGUGGAUGACGUCAUUAUAAGCCGCUUAAGUUCCUGCACUGAGGAAGGAAAGAAGGUGCAGAGGAACGGCGGGAAGACCUACCUCGCAGUUUUCCAGAGGAUCGAGGAUCCGCUUUGAAAUCAGACACUUUGGACUUUAAUGCGAUACUUUAAUGUGUUUUAACCACAUGGACAACAAAGCUCCUCAGUCGUAUAGAGACUUCUGCUUAGACACCGAGUGAAAACAAUGGUGCACUAGACGAAAGGUGAUUUUCUUUUUUAUUUAUUUUAAUUUCUUCAAUGUACAUUUCUCUCACCAGCUAGCAAGAUACUUCUAAAUUUGAGGUUGUCUAUUUUUUUUAUUUCAGAUCUGGUUGAGUAAACUAUGCAGCUUUUUA